GCAUGCGUGGCGAGUGCGGCCCGCGAGCUGGGCAUGUUUACGUUUAGAGUUUAACGGCCACGACUUCGGCCCGUUGCCGGUGGUCGCCGUUCCCCACCCCCAACCCCGCCGGCCUUCCAAAUCGAAGCCAGGCGGUUGAUGAGUGAGCAGUUCGGCAAUGAAUGGCACCGCACAGCCGGCGCUGGGCAAGGAGGAACAUGUGCUGAAAUUGGGCGAGAGCUUCGAGAAACGGCCUAAAAGCUCGUUCCACACCAUCCGCUAUGAUUUUAAACCAGCAUCCAUUGACACCUCUUGUGAGGGUGAGCUACAAGUUGGAAAAGGUGACCAAGUUACCAUAACUUUGCCACACAUCCCGGGCUCCACUCCACCAAUGACUGUGUUCAAAGGUAAUAAAAGGCCGUAUCAGAAGGAUUGUGUACUUAUCAUUAACCAUGACACUGGAGAGUUUGUGCUUGAAAAGCUCAGUAGCAGUAUACAGGUGAAGAAGACUAGAGCUGAAGGAAGCAGUAAAAUCCAGGCUCAAUUGGAAUCACAGGCAGUGAGAAGAUCUCAGCCUUCAUCGCAGUUUAGAGCCCCAAAUAAGCCAUGUACUGGACCAAAAACAUCUCCCUCAAAGGACAAUCCAUCACCUGAACCACAACUUGAUGACAUAAAAAGAGAACUAAGAGCUGAAGUUGAUAUAAUCGAACAGAUGAGUAGCAGCAGUAGUUCCUCAGAAUCUGGAAGCUCAUCUGGCAGUGAUGACAGCUCUAGUAGUGAUGUGGAAAAUGAAGCUCGCCCAUCUACACUGCCACAGCUACAAACACAUCAACAAUCCCAUUCCCAAUCUCAUCAGCAACAGCAGCCACAGAAUUACGGUAACAGAAUUGCUUCUACAAAUGGUACCAGCAGACCAGGAAGCAAUCAGCUUAUGACCACACUGAGAAAUGACUUACAAUUGAGUGAAUCUGGGAGUGACAGUGAUGAUUAAGGACUAAGGAAAAUAGACCACCUACCUCCGUACUGAUCGAACAGGAGAAAUGUGCUGAUGCAUUAUUCAAUUUUGUGUAAAACAUUUAUUAUGUGUGUCCUUACUGCAGUUUUAAUAUGGGGUGAUAAAUGCAGUAUAUUUUCAAAAAAUGUAUUUAAUUGCUUUUUAAAAGUUAAGUUAGAGAGACAUUAGUUUUACUUGUAUAUUUUGUCAAAUAUUCUAAUUAAUUUUCUGAAGACUUGUUUAUCUUUUAAAUGAACUAAAUGGUAAACUUGCAUAUUCAAAACUACCAAACAGAGAUGGACUUUAAUGCUAAAUCAUGCAACAAGGGCGAUGUCCACCCUAACGUAAUGUUUAAUUAUACAAUAAGUUUAUACGAGUAUAUCAUACCAGAUGUCACGCAGUGUAGAAAUCCAUUGGCAGAGUCACUGUCUACAAGUACCAAGAUGGAUGGGAAGUUCAUGAUGUUUAAUGGUGGGAACCAAUAGUGGAUUAAAAAUAGUAAUUUAAGAACCACAAAUGGGCAUUGACAACUCUUGAAAUUAACAGCAACAUUAUUUCCUAAAUCUUUGAAUUUUGCUGGUGAAAUAAAUUGCUAGACUAGGGUUUAAUUUUCAAAAGCAAAACAUUUUGUAUCAUAAAAAUUAUUUGCUUGUACUUCUUGAGCAGCAUAACCAUCUUUUUCUUUAAUGAAAGAAUUUGUGUGAAACUGGAUAUUCUGACUGAUCUCCCAUAUUGCAGUUUUAGCAGUUCGAUGCACAACUGGAAUUUGUUGACCUAUUCAAUUGGGAAAAAAAAUGUUUUAAGCUACGGUUAUUUUUUUAAAUAUGUAUUUACUCCAUGAUGCCCUUCAACUUUGUAUCUAUGAAAUAUAAAAAGAAGCUUUACUACUUAAGCCUGAUCCUAUUCUCUCUUUCUGGUCACAAAAAUUGUCUAUCAUGGCUUGAGUGAGUGGGCUGGUGAUUCCCCUCCCAGAGCUUCAUCACUAAUUUUGCAGUUUAAAUGCUCCAUCUACUUUUGUGAGAUUUCUCUCUGUUGUUCUCUGCAGCUUAAGUUCAGGACCUGAGUAUCUGUGGUUAAUGAUUUGUAUUUUCAUGUGACUGAAAGAUCAUUCAAAAUUUCCAGUUGAAACAGAAAUAUAGUAUCAAUCUGCCAUUGCAUCAAUUUUCAAUGGUUUUCAAAUUCUAACAGUUGAAUCCUUUGAAUAAAAAGAGAUUCUUGUAUCCAACAAGAUGUUAGUAAAUUUGGAAGCUGUUUUAUGUGCUCUGACAAGAUUGGGUGUGUAGUACCGUAAACAUACUAAAUGCUUCAGUUCACCAAACCAGAAAGCUUUGAAUUAAAUGUGAAAUGAUAGUAGAUACAUUAAGAAUUUGUUAUAUCCUGCUAAAUAAUAAAUGGAGAAGUGAUUAACUGAAACCACCUGAUUUCUCCAUAACAUUAGAUAGGUUGGAAGUAGAAUUUUUUUUCUCCACUCACUGUUUUGUUUAUUUUUUCUCAUUAAAAUAUUCCAUUUAGUGACUAUUUUAAGGCCAUUUGUGUUAUAGCCUACUCUACAGUUCUUCUAUCCUUUGUCUUUGUAUGUUUCCUUCAAUUACAGUUUUCUAUAAGAAGCAAAUUCAACUUCUACAUUCUAAAAAUAAAUCUGAGAACCUUAAUUUAUAACUUCUCAAGGCUAACUAGACAGGGCUACCUGAGAAAUCUGAUUAUCUUGUAUAUUUGUAGUUCUGAUAAUAUAAACGUACCAGUAUUGUCACAGACCGAUAAAUUUAAACAUUUGACCAUAUUAAUCCCCAGUUUGCUAAUGUCUAGCAUGCUAUAGGAUUAUUCCAAUUUAACACACAUAUUCUUAAUUAUUUUCUGUUGUUUUCAUGCAAGUGAGCUUAGUAAAGCAGCUUGAUUCUUCUGUGUUGUUCUUUAGUUACUUAAGUCUGGUAUCUAAAGUACUGUAUUCUCACAAUCCAAAUCUGUCAUAUUAAAUAUGUUUUUGGUUUUGCCUAACAGGUAGAGACUUGAAUGAAAAGUGAGAAAUUACUUUUGUAGAUUUGAAAUUUUAAUGUUAUAGUGCUUCAGCAUAAAUGUUAUGUUGAUCAAAUCUUGCAGCUCAUGGAUCCAGGUUGGGCAGGAAAGAAACUCCUGUUCACCAGCUUUCUUUAUUUAAAGCAACUUCACGCUUUAAAUACAUAUAAAGAAAUGUUCAUAUAAUGUCUUUCAAAUAAUUUUUGAAACACUAUCUGGCCUAAUGCGGUGUCAAGUGUCCUAUUACUUGGCCUACUAUUAACAUAUAUACUGGAUUUGCUUUCUAGAGUAAGAUUGACUUUAAUGUUUAUUGUGCAAUUUUACACUACUUGUAAAUUGUGACUUGUGCUUUUUAUCCCCAUCUUUCUAAGUUGAUGGAAAA